UAUCGACACAUGACUUCAUAAUCCCGCCCUCUGAUAUACUCCGUUAUUUUUAUAGUCUCUGCUUCUUGUUUUCUUUUUAUUCCCGUUAUUUUCCGCGCGCGCUUUGGAGCAACUUCUGUAAACUUUGCUGUAAUCGGUGGAGUGUAGCAGGGGACAGAAGAGCAGACACCGGGGGUCUGUACAACCUCAGAGACGACACAAAACCUUUUUUGCCACGUAAUUACGAGUGCCUAUUAGGCCGAUCUUCUCUCCCGGGGGCCUCAUUUUUCUUCCUGCGCGCGGGCCUCUGCCGCUUGCUAACGUUUGAAGUGCCACGAGCUGCGUUCCCUUCUCAUGAGUGCGUGUGUGUGCGUGCGUGUGCGCAUGUGGGUGUGGGUGUGUAGAGCUUGGACGCGGAGCUUCGACGAGGCGGCAGUGUGUCCAGCCUCCUCGCGCUCACGGGCCAGUCCGCUUUUACGAGCUCGCGCAUGUGUUUAGGCAGCGGCAUUCCGGCAAACUGCGCUCAGUCUCAGGCACGCGCGCUAACAGCGACGUGGAGUGAAAGCUUUCGGGUUUUUUUCUCUCUCGCUCUGUCUCUCACCAUAAGGAAACUACGACGGAGUCAGAGCAAAGCGCUUCGUGGCGAAGUUAUAUCUGUGCGCAAAGUCGGACAGACGUGCCUCCAAACAAGCGGAGGGUUUUUUUGUUUGUUUGUUUGUUUGUUUAUUUCGUUUGUUCCUCCACGGAAUUGACAGUUCCACAGACUUAACGCACCACAUCUGGAUCCGUGACCAGGUUUAAAUUCAAAUACGACAAAAAAGAGAGAAAGGAACACGUUUUGGAGACACGUAUUCUUAUAUACUAUUCCGGUCGCCUAUGCAAGGGACGGUUUUGCGCGCCCGCUGUUGUUGCGCCGUGCUUUUUUUCUCCGUUAGCCUGUUUGCGUCAUGACGUCUAGCUAUGCGCAUGUAAUGGACAGACGAGCCGUGGCGGUGCCCAGCAGACUGGAGAGCCCCAUCACAGCCAACGUGGACAACCUGCAGGCCAAAAAGAACUUCUCGGUGAGCCACCUAUUGGAUCUGGAAGAAGCAGGGGAAAUGGUAGGCGCGCAGGCGGAGGAGAGCGUGGCGGAGAGCGGCAGGACCAUGCUGGAGUCUCCGGGGCUGACCAGCGGCAGCGACACGGCGCAACCGGAGAAUGAACAGUUGAACGCAGAGGAGAAGAAGAAGCGUAAGCAGAGGCGGAACAGGACCACGUUCAACAGCAGCCAACUGCAGGCGCUGGAGCGAGUGUUCGAGAGGACGCACUACCCUGAUGCCUUUGUGCGAGAGGAUCUGGCCCGUAGGGUCAAUCUCACAGAGGCCCGAGUGCAGGUGUGGUUUCAGAACAGACGAGCGAAGUUUCGCCGAAACGAGCGGGCCAUGUUGGCCAGUAAGAAUGCCUCGCUCCUUAAGUCCUACUCAGGAGAUGUAACAGCGGUGGAGCAGCCCAUCGUGCCUCGACCCGCCCCACGUCCCAAUGACUACCUAUCCUGGGGCAGCGCCACCCCUUACAGCUGGUUUCCGAGUUCGGAGGGAGGGCCAAUGCGAGUGCCACAGAAAAUGCUGCCCACAGAAAGCAACACAGUGGCAGCCUACCCACCCACUUGUGUCAACACCACUUCCACCCAGGGAAUGAACAUGGCCAACAGCAUCGCUAACCUAAGACUAAAAGCCAAGGAGUACAGCCUCAACCAGGUCCCCACUGUUAACUGAGACGAGGGGGUGAGAGAGUGAAGACGGGAGGAUGGAAAUGAACAAGAGGAAGCCUCAAAGCAGUUGGAUGACUUAGAAGGCCUUAAAGAACGGGACAAAUUGGGUCUGAGAUUCCUCUUUCUGCAAAACUCCAGUGGGAAUGGAACAGUCCUCCGCUCCUUCUGGAAUUAUGGUUCUUCCUCCCCCGGCCCUCCUCCUCCUAUACUGGCUUUUUUUUUUUUUACCAUCUUCAUCACUGCAGAUGAAUGUAGAUACUGUUCCGAGGAAAUGAAACUCUUCAUAUAUCUGGACUAAUAUGGAGACUGCAAGGCAGACACAGUGUCUGGAUGAUUUAACCCCCUUUUUUUGUGGCUUUGAAUUAGACUCAACUGAAUGAAGCGUGUUCUUCGGAGAACCCAGUGGAUGAUUGUAGUUUGCUUAAGUUUGAAUUUACACAAGACCUGGAUGAAAAGGUUUCAUUGCUGGAAAGUUGUUGACAAAAAAAUAAUUCUGGAUUCUCCAGCUCUAUUAAACGUGAAUGGCUGAUCCACCCGAACUGUAGAAAGCUGAAGGAACAUCUAAAUACCGAACAGCUAACCUUGUUGUGCUAAACGAGGAAGGUCAUGUCUUAAAUACAUUUCAUUCUAUAUAACCUACUGUACCACUGACACGUAUCAGUUGGUUCAUGGUGAUACAUGUAACUUCUCAUACUAACACAAAUGUAAUUAGUUUUUCAAGGACAACUUAUAUUUCCUGUUUUUUUUAUUUUAUUUUAUUUUUUAUCUGUAUGCCAUUUCAUAAUUGCAAAGCAUAUGGGAAUAAAGAGACUUGCGUUUCAAGCAGUAAUCACGCAUAUUAAAAUUGAGUUCAAUGGACAGUUCACCUAAUGUGUUCCUAACAGCUCUGUUGCAGGCAGCAGAGAAAACAACAUCAUGAUGAAAAAAACCUAAACAAAACAAAAUUUUCCCCAUUUUUAACUAAUAUGCUAUGAAUACAUUUCUGAAACAAAUUUUUCCCAUCAUGUUCAUUUACUGAUUAAUGUCAGUGGUGUGGGUCAGGGUGCUGUGACUUUAAACAGGGUUGGUUUUGUGUACAUCUCUGUGGAGCUGUGUGUGAGAAAAUGAUUGAUUAGAAAGCAUAGUAAAUGCUUGUUUUAUUAAUCUCAAAUCUGACUUCCCCCUCCAAAAACAGACUUCUCAUCUCUUCUCUUCUCAUCUCCUCUCCUCUUCUCGUCUCUUCUCAUCUCUUCUCUUCUCAUCUACUCUCCUCGUCUCUUCUUCUCUUCUCUUCUCCUCUCCUCUUCUCUCUUCUCUUCUCAUCUCCUCUCCUCUUCUCAUCUCAUCUCCUCUUCUCGUCUCUUCUCAUCUCUUCUCUCCUCUUAUCUUCUCUUCUCGU